AUGAACAAGCUUGACUCGAUCAUGGCAAUGCACGCCGCCCAAGGAUGGGAUACCAACGAUAAGCUUCUCGGUGUCUCUUUCAUGGUGGUGGAUGAGAAAGAUGUCCUAUACGAGGGCUCAGCUGGCAGAAUAGGCCACCACCACGAAACGGCGAAGUACACACCAGACACUUUCACAUAUGUCGCCUCGCUGACCAAGCUGCCAACUGCCAUCUGCCUGUUGCAACUUGUUGAGCGCGGCCAAGUUAGCCUUGACGAGGACCUGAGGCCACGCAUUCCCUUCUUGUCCGAGGUACAGAUUCUCCGCGGAUUUGAUGAAAAUGACCAGCCUAUUUUGGAAAAUAACCACCGUCCUAUCACGCUUUGGCAUCUCUUGACACACACUUCCGGCCUGACCUACGACAUUCCGUCAGAACCACUCAUGAAGUGGCGCCAAGCUGUUGGCCGGCACAACAACAACCUCACGUGGACGGAAGAGGGUUUCUCGACGCCGCUCCUGUUUGAGCCUGGUACACAGUGGUUAUAUGGCACAGGAAUCGACUGGGCCGGACAGCUGCUCGAGCAGGUCACCGGGCAGACGUUGGAGCAGUACAUGCGAGCAAACAUCUUCGGAGUGCUCGGAAUGCGUGACAGCGGCUUUCGACCGAAACUACUAGCUGACCAAGAGGAGCGAGCAGCUCGGACGGCAUCCUUUUCCUUUCGCUCGCUGGGUGGUGCCCUGGAAGCGGGACCAUCGCCGCUGCCGGAUGAUCACCCUCUGGAGAGCGGCGGCGCAGGACUUUUCACAACCGCGAGAGACUACGCGAAACUGCUCCAAGCCGUGUUGCAGGGCAAGCUGCUCAGUAGAGAGGGGAUGAAUCUGCUGUUCAGACCGCAACUGGACGAGGGACUGCAGAAGGACUUGAUGGAAAAAUUAGCAAGCGCCCCGGAAGGCUAUGCUCCCGAGUACCCGAUUGGCAUGCCUGCGAACUUUGCCCUUGGCGGCAUGUUAAACAUGGAGGACAUUCCGGUCGAUUUCCAACUCUUUUUCAUACCAUAUGAAGAUCAAAGACCUAGCUUGGAGUUCUUUCUAACGCCUUCACAGUGGAUCGAUACCUCAACUGGCGUCGCGGGUGUCUUUGUAGUUACACUGCUUCCGUACGCAGACCACUUUGCCGCAGACCUCUAUUCGAAGCUCGAAACCGCGGUGUACGAGGACCUCGUUGCUGGGCGUCCUCUUGAUGGAUCGAAGAAUUCAUAG